UUUGGAUUCGUCAAGGGAGAUGGAAUUGGUGUGGAGCGAAGGAGACACCAAGCGCGUGCCGCUGGACGAUGCAGUGACGCAUCUGAAGGCCGCGCGCGCUUCGAGUGGGAAGUCCAUACGGUCGCUUCUUCAAGGCUCGUCCGUUCAGGUUGGUGCGAACUCAGAACCCGAGGCAAAUACCAAGCGAGCGAAGUACCUGGAGACCCGUCGUCAGUACCUCCAGCGUAUACAAGAAGAGAAGGAGUACAACAAGAUGCUGGGCAAACUCUCCAAGCCCAAACGAGACAGCGAAAUGCAGAAGGAAAUGAAGUCGGUCACCCAGCACGUGUCGAUCGGGGUCAACAUGAUUGCGGCCAUGGCCACUGCGUUCUUUGUCGCGUACUACAUCUCCCGCAGUGUCACAGAAAGCGAAACCACGGUAUGUAGUAGAAUAGGAAUGAUACGUACUAGUGGAGAAGGUAGCUUAUGGGAUGCUAGCGAUUGCUGGCUGGAUUGGCUGGGGCCAUCAGCAUGAUGAUGGUCGAGAUGGUGUUGUAUAUGGCCCGAGCAACCAAACAAGAAGAGUUGGCUCGCAUUAUGCGUAAACAUGAUACGUAAUUGACUCGACACGUGCCUCAUCUACGAUUAGCUACGGCAACAACGUCGACAGUCGAAAUCAAAGCUAACGUUAUUACGCUCAAAACCGCAACGCCUUCUAGCCUUAUUUAAUCUGCCAUCGAAC